GACAAACAAACAAGUUGCAGAGACAUCUAUGAGUCAAAUUUCCAAUUAUUAAAGUUACCCGGAAGCAGGAAAACGAAUUAUUUUUUAUUGGAUACUAUGCACUCAGCAUCGCCAUGAUAUGUGAAGAAUGAAAAUUUUAAUAUAGCAAUUUUUUAAUUACACAAGAAUGGAGCAAGAAACAGAGAACAGUGAGCCAAAACGGCUGUUAUGCUGCUUAAGAUCAGAAAGCGGUGGCAAACUAUGUGGCGAUAUUGUGGAUCUACCAACAGACUGUACUGUUCAACAGCUUACGAUGAUGUGUAAUGCCCUUUUGCAACAAGAGGAGCCCGUUCCGUAUCUGUUUUUUAUAAAUGACAAUGAAGUAACUUCAACAUUAGAGAAAACUGUAUCAGCAUUGAACUUAAAUUCUGAGGAUGUUGUAGAUAUCAUUUACAAGCAGCAAGCAGUUUUUAAAGUUCGGCCUGUAACUAGAUGUACAAGUUCGAUACCUGGUCAUGCUGAAGCAGUUAUUUCAGUGAGUUUCAGUCCUGAUGGAAAGUACUUAGCAUCAGGAUCGGGAGACACUACAGUUAGAUUUUGGGAUGUCUAUACCCAAACACCAAGUUUCACUUGUAAAGGGCAUAGUAAUUGGGUUUUAUACAUAGCAUGGUCCCCAGAUAGUUCAAAACUUGCUUCAGCAUGUAAAGAUGGGAAAAUCAUAAUAUGGGACCCAUUCACUGGUAACCAAAAAGGGAAAACUAUGAUAGGACAUAAACAGUGGGUUACUUGCUUAAGCUGGGAACCUUAUCAUAAAAAUCCUGAAUGCAGACUAUUAGCAAGUUCUUCAAAAGAUGGAGAUGUGAGAAUUUGGGACACAGUUCUAUGUACAACUCAAAAAGUUCUUUCAGGCCACACAAAGUCUGUGACAGCUGUAAAAUGGGGUGGUACAGGUUUAAUAUAUACUGCAUCUCAAGAUAGAACAGUUAAAGUCUGGAGAGCAAAUGAUGGUGUGCUUUGUAGAACCUUAGAAGGACAUGCACAUUGGGUUAAUACACUGGCUUUGAGUACAGAUUAUAUUUUAAGGAUAGGUGCAUUUGAUCCCAUUAAAGAUUCUCACAAAGACACAACAAUAACGGAUAAAAAAAAAUCACAAGAAUUUGCUUUAGAAAGAUACUACAAAAUCACUGAAUCACAUGGUGAAAGAUUAGUUUCUGGGUCAGAUGAUUUUACCUUAUUUUUGUGGGACCCUGAGAAAGAUAAGAAACCAUUAGCAAGGCUAACAGGACACCAGCAGCUAGUCAAUGACGUAAAAUUCUCGCCUGACUGUCGAAUAGUAGCAUCAGCUUCGUUUGACAAGUCCAUUAAACUCUGGGAGGCCAGAACAGGCAAAUUCAUAACAACCUUAAGAGGCCAUGUACAAGCUGUGUAUGUGAUAGCCUUCUCAGCAGAUUCUAGACUAAUGGUUAGUGGCAGUGCAGAUUCAACAUUGAAGUUAUGGAAUCUGAGGACGAAAAAAAUAGAAAUUGAUUUGCCGGGUCAUGCGGACGAAGUGUACGCAGUUGAUUGGUCAACUGAUGGAUUGAAAGUUGCCUCAGGUGGAAAGGAUAAAGUACUUAGGUUGUGGCAGAAUUAAGUUAUAACUGGAGCUAAACAAACAAUAAAUUAAUUGUCACGAUA